GGACCAGAAUGAACAGGCACUACCCUCCAGCAUGACUAUGACUGGUCAUUAAGGAGCUGACAGGGCAUCUUGUGACUUUUUUGCCUGAGAGAAGAGGAAGGGAAUAGUGAAUGACAGGCAACAAGUCAGUGGAGCCUGCACUGUUUUGUCCGUUUACAGCUGUGACAGUUAUGAACACGAACAAGACGAGAAGACAACUGCAAACAAAGCCAAGAGAACAGCAUAAACAGCCUCAAGGAAAGUAAUUACACUGCUCUAUUUUCUGUGGAGUCACUGGAACCCCCAUCAGCGUGAACUGUAGGCUUUUCUUUAGACAGAACACACACACAUACCCUGAGUGGACAAUCUGUGGAGCUCAAGUGUCUGUGGAUCAAAGCCGGUAUGGAAGUUGGAUUCUCUGUGGGAGCUGUGAGGACAGUGCUGGCAUCUGCUGAAAACUUACAACUCACUCUGAAAACUGAGCUCAGUCAGGAGGAGCAGGCCCUUACGAACACCAACAGUAACCCCAAGGAUGCAGAGAAAGCCGGGAAUGAAGACCUCAAGGAGAUGCUCGAGAGCAACAAGGAGUCACACAAAUUGGAGGCCAUGAAAAGGGUUGUUGGGCUGAUUGCCAAAGGAAAAAAUGCAUCCGAGUUAUUCCCUGCUGUUGUGAAAAAUGUUGCUAGUAAGAACAUUGAGCUGAAAAAGCUUGUAUAUGUGUAUCUGGUGAGAUAUGCAGAAGAGCAGCAGGAUCUGGCUUUGCUCUCCAUCAGCACCUUCCAACGAGCCCUCAAGGAUCCAAACCAGUUUAUCCGUGCUAGUGCUCUAAGAGUUUUGUCCAGCAUCCGUGUUCCUAUAAUUGUUCCAAUUAUGAUGUUAGCCAUCAAGGAGGCUGCUGCUGACCUGUCCCCAUAUGUCAGGAAGACAUCUGCACAUGCUAUUCAGAAGCUUUACAGCCUCGAUGCAGACCAAAAGGAGCAGCUGAUUGAAGUGAUUGAAAAACUAUUGAAAGACAAAAGCACACUGGUGGCUGGCAGUGUGGUGAUGGCCUUUGAGGAGGUGUGUCCAGAUCGCAUCGACCUCAUACAUAAAAACUACAGAAAGCUGUGUAACCUGCUGGUGGAUGUGGAGGAGUGGGGGCAGGUGGUCAUCAUCUCAAUGUUGACACGUUACGCCAGGACACAGUUCACCAGUCCUUGGAAGGAGGAUGCUGUUUUUGAUGAGAACAAUGAGAAAGCCUUCUACGACUCUGACUCUGAGGAGAAAAAAGGCCAAACUGAGAGUAAGCCUUACAUCAUGGAUCCAGACCACAGACUGCUGCUCCGGAACACCAAACCUCUACUGCAGAGCAGGAACACUGCUGUGGUGAUGUCUGUUGCUCAGCUCUACUGGCAUUUGGCCCCUAAGCAUGAGGUCAGCAUCGUCACCAAGUCACUGGUUCGGCUCCUUAGAAGUCACAGAGAGGUGCAGUACAUUGUGCUUCAGAACAUUGCCACCAUGUCAAUUCAGAGGAAGGGGAUGUUUGAGCCCUUCAUGAAAAGUUUCUACGUAAGAUCCACAGAUGCAACACACAUUAAAACACUAAAGCUUGAGAUUCUAACCAACCUGGCCAAUGAAGCCAACAUCUCUACUAUUCUGAGGGAAUUUCAGACGUAUGUGAAGAGCCAGGACAAGGCAUUUGCAGCAGCCACCAUUCAGGCCAUUGGCAGGUGUGCCACCAACAUCUCUGAGGUGACGGACACCUGUCUGAACGGUCUGGUGCUUCUGCUUUCCAACAGAGAUGAAACUGUGGUAGCUGAGAGUGUGGUGGUGAUAAAGAAGUUGCUUCAGACCCAGCCAACGCAGCACAGUGAGAUCAUCAAACACAUGGCCAAGCUCUUUGACAACAUCACUGUUCCCAUGGCCCGUGCCAGUAUCCUGUGGUUGAUGGGAGAGUACUGUGAGAGGGUGCCAAAGAUUGCGCCUGAUGUGCUCCGCAAAAUGGCAAAGACAUUCACAACAGAAGAGGACAUUGUCAAGUUGCAGACAGUCAACCUGGCAGCCAAACUCUACCUGACCAACUCCAAGCAGACCAAGCUGCUGACCCAGUACAUCCUGAACCUCGGCAAAUACGACCAGAACUACGACAUCAGAGACCGAACGCGCUUCAUAAGACAGCUUAUAGUUCCCAAUGAGAAAAGUGGGGCUCUGAACAAGUACGCCCGACGAAUCCUACUGGCUCCCAAACCAGCCCCAGUCCUUGAAUCUGCCUUUAAAGAUCGAGACCGAUUCCAGCUCGGCACUCUCUCUCACAGCCUCAAUAUUAAAGCUACUGGAUACCAGGAGCUCUCAGACUGGCCAGCUGUUGCCCCUGACCAGUCUGUGAGGAACGUGGAGGUCAUUGAGCCAGUGAAAGAGUGGGCUCCAUUAGUUGGAAAAGCAAAGCAACCCAAAUCUGAUGACAAGUUUUACUCUGAUGAAGAGGAGGAAAAAGAUGAGGAAGAAUCUGAAAGCAGCGGCAGUGAUGACAGCAGCAGCAGCAGCAGCAGCAGCAGCAGCAGUAGUAGUGAAGAGUCAGGCAGUGAAAGUGAUGAGGAGAGCAGUGAAGAGUCCGAUAAGAGCUUCAGUUCUGGAAGGAGUUCGAGCGAGUCUGAAAAAAGCUCUAGUGAAUCAGAAUCUGCCAAAAAACAAAAGAAGUCCAAGAAGACACCGCAGAAGAAGGCGAAGCCCGCCGCUGUCGACAGUGACUCUGAUGAAAAUGGAAAUGGCCUUGUACUCCAGGCAAGCAGCUCCUCAGCUAAAAGCUCUUCAGCGUCUGAGACAGACUCAGAGGACAGCUCAGAUUCAGACUCACACUCAGCGCAGAAGAAGAAAACUGAUGCCAAGUCCAAACCCAAGGUGGAAGUGAAAUCCAAAAAGGAAGUGUCUUUACUGGAUCUAGAUGACUUUUCUCCUCCACCCACAAAUGCACCAAAGUCUUCGGUCCUCUCUCCGAGCCUGUUCUCCGACCUCGAAGGCCUGUCUCUGUCCAAUAUCUCCACCACCAUGCCGGUCACCACUCCAUCGUUCAGCCCUGUGAAAACCUAUGAGCUGCUUCACCAUAUGUCAGGGAAAGGUCUGGCAGCUAAAUACCAUUUCCCCAGGCAGCCCUGUUUGUACCAGCCCAAUAUGGUGGCAGUGCAAGUCAUACUGACCAACUGCUCGGACCACAGCCUGGAAGAGAUCCAUAUAGGGGACCGAAGCCCUGCCAGCCUAAAUAUCCACUGCUUUAACACCAUUGAGCGACUGGAGCCAGAGGCCUCGGUGACGGUUUCCAUGGGUAUUGACUUCAGCGACUCGACGCAAGCAGCCAACUUCCAGUUGUGCACCAAGACUGACCAGUUCAGUGUGUCCAUCCAGCCUGCUGUAGGAGAGCUAUUAAUGCCCAGUAGCAUGACAGAGGAGGAGUUCUGCAAGGACCAAGGUAAGCUCCUGGGCAUGAAUGAGACCUCUGCAACCAUCACCAUGGCAACAGCAAACACCUCCAGCCUGGCCAUCAACAAGCAGCUUCUGUCUGUGGCCAACGUGGGAGUGGUUUCAUCCAGUCAAAACAAUAUCCACAGGUUUGCUGGGAGGACAGUCAGCAGUGGGGCCCUGGUCCUGGUGUCUCUGGAGCUGAGGGAGUCCUCCACCGCCCUGCUCACCAUCAACACAGAGAAGAGCAUCAUGGCGUCCAUGUUGCUCCGCGACCUCAAACAAGCCCUGGCCAUGGCAUAGAUCUCCUCCUCUGAGCCUCCUUUUUUUUGUAAAGGUAAAGGCAGGCACCACUUAAUGAAAUAAUUCUUUAUUCCUGUGGUUUAGGACAAUUCAGGCAACACAAGCACUUUUAUAUGAACCCUGAUCUAGACCUUGAUCCACAUGAAGGCUGGGGGAGCUCCACAGAGAGUGAACUGGAAACCACAGAAGAGAGUACUCAUGCAGUGUUUUUAUUUUUAUGGUCUAUGGCUUUGCAUAGUAUUGUCCUGAACCACAGGAAUAGCUUAGUGACAGGUUUCAGUAAAGUGAUGCCCCCCCUUUAAAACACACAGUAGUUCAGUUCAGAAUGUGAAAAGUAAAUUAUGGACCUUUAGGAGUUAAUCUCAUUUCUUUCUCUUGAACAUGUAGCACAAAAAUGCUACUGUUUGUUGUACACAGCUGCAGUUAUGCACAAAUAACUACAUAUAUUUUGGGAGAAUGAGUGCGCAGCUGCCUUAAGCACAAUACUGCAGGUUAUUUUACCCCUGUUUUGUGUUAAAAUCCAACUCCUCCUUUGAAGAACCUAAAUCAUUUCCAGUCCUCUGUUUCACUAGCUGUACGACCCUGCAUUUGCAUUGAUGGACUGCCAAAAAAAAAAGCAUCACAAAAGAUUUCCCCACACCAUUUAGACCCAGCGAGUCGGGGGAGCUUUGGGAGGUUUUGUAAACACAACAGUAGACUGUGUCGUGGAAGUAGCUUUACGCGUCGCUGGAUUUCCCUUUUCUUACCACGGCCCCCAAACCCAUGUUUAUCAAAGUGCCUCCUACAUGAAAAUAAUGUUGAUUAGACCAAACCUAUACAAUAGACUCCAAUCAAAAGUCUCUUCUCUUUACUUUUGCUGAAGAAUAAAAAGUGAAGUUAUUAAAACAAA